AUGUACCAAUCGACACGAAUAUCCUCUUACUUCACGACGACGGGCUAUUUAAUCCCAAUAAUCUCGGUCCUUGCCGUCGCGAUCCUGCCGCGCGACAGGUUUAUUCAGAAUCUCAGCUUGGAGCUCCUUGCCAUCUGCGUUGGUUCGGCUAUGUCUCUCCUCGUCCUCUGGUCCUCUGUCCAGGCACGUAUUCAUACCUCUCCUUCCACAUCCCAGACUACCACGGUAGGCAUACCGCCGUAUAAUUCGUCUCAGUCAGCCGUCUGCGCAGUAUGGCUCUUCACCAAUAUCUGGUUUGCGAACUUUAUGCGGGCGAAGCUGCCUAGCUUCAGCCUGCCUGUGAUAAUCUAUAGCAUCUUGAUCAACAAUAGCACGACUUCCGGGCCCAGGCUUGCCACGACUCAAGCAGUGGAGGCCUUCGUCAAAGAGCAGCUUCUAGCGAUGCUAUUUGGAAUGGCACUAGCAACAGGGGUGUCGCUCUUCAUCCUUCCUAUUAGUAGUCGGAUGAUAGUAAUCGGGCAGUUCAGAGGCCUCGUUUGCCAGCUGAGAAAGGUAGUCAGCCUACAAAAGGAAUAUCUGGCAACUUUAGCAAGAGACGACAUUUUUGACACCGAAACGACGAAUGCCGAAGAGCGAGAAUCUUGGCAGGAGAAGAAGAAGCGGAAGUCCAGGAAGAUGGAGAAGGUGAAGGAUGAGGGUAUGGCCAAGGAGGCAAAAGCAGCGAAGCGUCUAGCAGAGACAACCCAUACAACAAGAGUCUUUACGGGCAAGAUCCAUGACAAUAUGGCAUUUGCCAAGAGAGAUGUGGCUUGGGGAAAGCUUGACGCGAAAGAUCUCGGCGAGAUAGUGGCGAUAAGUUCACUUGCAGAUAUCUUCCACCGAGUCGCCGAACGUCAAAGGCGGAAUGUCGUUAAGGACACACUAGAUGAGAGCACGGCAGAAGGAAAUUGGGAGAAACAAAUGUGGAAUGAUAUGAAACAACUGCACACGACAUUCCAGACUUUUGUGGAAGCAAUCGACCAAGGGCUAGAACAUACUGGCAUCUGCUUGGAAAUUCUCCCGAAACCAAAGGUAACCAAGAAGUCAACGAGAAUCGGAUCGGACGAUGUCGAGGCGCAUGGAGAUGUGGUAAACCCAGGUGACCAGUAUUUUGGUAGCCUUGUGGAUAGGAAAGUCCAGGAAUUCAAAUCGCAGAAUGGAGAUACCACUCGGGCCUGGGUUAAGGAUGACGCCAGCGACGCCAUAUCCAGGAACCAGACGCAACUUUACGUGAUCUUCUACACACAACAGCUGAUGCAUGUGGCCGGGGACGCCCUCCAAGACCUAGUCGCCUUCGCGGACAAGAAAGUUGAGGAUGGCACAAUGAAACAUAAACGCUUAAUCUUCCCUACUGAACGACGGCUAUGGAGAUGGUUGAUGAGUGUCUUCAAAGAACAGGACUCGAGCGUAAAGAAGAACCAGGAUAUCCUAGAGACGAAUAAUAUUGAUUACGGAGAUAGCUUUAACCCUAAGAAGGACCUAGAGCAUCUUCCUGCCACUAAUAUCUGGCAGCAUGUUGGGAACUGGCUUCGUAGGAUCCUGUCAAUGUUAGGAUCUAAGGAGUCCCACUUCGGCUUUCGAGUCGCCGCUGCUACGAUGACAGUCGGUAUCCUGGCGUUCUUAAAGCAAACCCAACAAUUCUUUCAAGAUCAGAGGCUAGAUUGGGCAAUGAUUACCAUCGCUCUGGGAAUGACGAUUACUUCUGGCCAGUCGAUUUUUGGCUUUUUCUGUCGAGUCGGGGGCACAUGUCUAGCUAUGAUCUUCUCACUCAUUAUCUGGUAUACCGUUGACCAGAAGACCCCUGGCGUUAUUAUUCUCCUAUGGUUUUUUAUCUUUAUUGAGUAUUACUUUUUCAAAUUUCCCCGGUUUCUUACAGCCGUUAUGAUUACCAUUACUACUCAGAUCAUUAUUAUCGGUUAUGAGUUGCAGGUAAGACAGCUUGGCGAAGCGGUAGCAACCCAGUCAGGACAGCCAUAUUACCCAACCUACCUUCUGGCUCCGUAUCGGCUCGCUGUUGUCGCAUCAGGCAGUCUGAUUGCGUUCUUCUGGACAAUAUUCCCUUCUCCCCUAACCGAUCGGACUUCGCUUCGACAGGAUUUGUCCGCGACCAUAUACCUUCUCGCUCAAUAUUUCAGCGUCAUACUUUCGACUGUGCAAUCGCAGCGGGAAGGGACAGCAGGCGAUAUCGAGUCAGAAACAUCGCCUGCUUACCACCUUUUAAAAGCUCGGCGUAAGAUUUUCGGCAAGGUUAUGCGUCUCAUGUCCUCGAUUGAGUCUCACAUUAUGUGGCAGCGGUGGGAGCCCAACCUAGGCGGCCGUUUUCCCGUUGAGACAUACCAAGAGAUCAUCAAGCGUAGCGGGCGUAUUAUGAGCUAUCUAACGCUUAUGAGCUACACCCUAACACAUCCGCCGCGAAUACAUAAGACGGAGGACCCCGACGAAGGGCAAGCUUGUUCAUCUAAUGCUGCAGCAGAUGCGCACGAUAAUAGCUGGUGGCCGGCGCUCACAGAGGCCUUCUCGGGAGUAGAACCGACUAACAAUACUUUCCUGUCGACAUUGGCCUUAUUGUCAAACUCGAUUCUUGCAGGCCAGAGCUUGCCACCCUUCCUACUUCUUCCUCAACCUUACGAGAUGAUGCCGAGGCUGAUUCAGCUGCCUAAAAACGACAGGGCCACCGAAUCAGAUCCAGAUGACAAUCCAUCGCUUCCCCAUCGGGACUUCGCACGUGGACGCGGAAACCCGGGACUGACUACCAUCGAUUUGCGCCAGGAAGCCCCAGAUCACGCCGUGGAGAAACGCACCAGACGCGACCAACAUCCCCAGAACAAGCAAGCCGACGUGGCCUUCCCUGGGGAUACAAAAUCUUUGGAUGCAGUCUUGGAGCUGCGUGGCUACGCCGAAUUCGUCGCGAUGCAAGUGUGUAACACGCUGGUAUGCGACGACCUUGAGAGGUUGGUGCGGGCGAUGAGCGGGCUUGUAGGUGUCGUGGAUUUCAGUUUCGGCGUGGACGUGAGCGGUAAGGAUGGCAGAGCCAGCGAGAUGGUUGAAAAGCCGCUGGCCCAGCGGAGGACGACUCGGGUUGUUGCCGCGAUGAGUAAGAAGGCGGUUUAA